AUGCCUCUCACCAAGUACAAAGCCGCCUGUGUCACCUCCGAGCCAUGUUGGUUCGACCUCGAAGCCGGCGUCCAAAAGACCAUCAACUUCAUCAACGAAGCCGGCGCUGCAGGUUGCAAGCUCAUUGCCUUUCCUGAAGUCUGGAUUCCAGGCUACCCUUACUGGAUGUGGAAGGUCAACUACCAGCAGUCGCUCCCCAUGCUCAAGUCGUACCGCGAGAACUCGCUGCCCAUGGAUUCGGAAGAGUUUCGACGGAUCCGCCGUGCGGCGAGGGAUAACCAGAUCUACGUCUCGCUCGGUUUCUCCGAAAUCGACCACGCGACGUUGUACCUGGCGCAGGCCUUGAUCGACCCCACUGGCGAGGUCAUCAACCACCGCCGCAAAAUCAAGCCCACACACGUUGAGAAACUCGUCUACGGCGACGGCGCAGGCGACACAUUCAAGUCCGUCACCCAGACCGAACUCGGCCGUCUUGGCCAGCUCAACUGCUGGGAGAACAUGAACCCAUUCCUCAAAUCGCUCAACGUAUCCGAGGGCGAGCAGAUCCACAUCGCCGCCUGGCCAGUGUAUCCUGGCAAAGAGACGCUCAAGUAUCCUGAUCCCGCUACCAAUGUCGCGGACCCGGCGUCUGACUUGGUCACUCCGGCUUAUGCGAUUGAGACGGGCACGUGGACGCUGGCUCCGUUCCAGAGACUGAGUGUGGAUGGGUUGAAGAAGACUACGCCGGAAGGUGUGGAGCCCGAGACUGAUCCCUCGACGUACAAUGGCCAUGCGAGGAUCUACAAGCCAGAUGGUACACUCGUGUGCAAGCCCGACAAGGACUUUGAUGGUCUGCUUUUCGUUGACAUCGACCUCAACGAAUGCCACUUGACCAAGGCGUUGGCUGACUUUUCGGGUCAUUACAUGCGUCCCGAUCUCAUUCGUCUGCUUGUUGAUACCCGUCGCAAGGAGCUCGUUACGGAAGCCGAUACGAACGGUGGUAUCGCUUCCUACACCACUCGCGAGCGUCUGGGCUUGAACGUGCCGCUCGAUGCACAGGCACCCAAGCCCAAGGCCAAGGUUGCUGAUCCCGCUGCCACCACUGCAAUCUAG